CGGCCGACUGGCUGGGAUGUGGGCCAAGCCGGAGGUCUCCAGUAGGAGUGUGCAGCGGGAGCGCCCAGUACCUGCGCCGGCCGGUCCAGGGGCGAGAGGGUGCCACCGAGCCCAUUCUCCUCUCCCACCCCGCGGUGUGGAUUGAGCCCUCGUGUGGCAGGAGGCCGCCCCUCGUUCCGCUGAAGUCCUACGCCCAGCUUCGGGCCCCAGCGGCGUAGACACGAAGCCGUGGGCUCUUGGAGAAUGAUCCCCCUGGGACGAGUGUUUUACUGAUUCAUGGAUGCAAAGAAUGAAAAUGUUUUCAUCGUGAAGAAAGUUCCUAUUUAAUUUGCCUACAUUCUGAUCAAGACUUGGAAGUGUAACUUGAAGAACUCAACAUGGAAUUUGAAUAUUAGUCACCUCUGAUAGUUCCUUUUAUCAUGACUUCCAGUCUGAAAGUUAACCAGACUAAGUUUAUCAAAAGGCAUUGGAUCCAAAGUAGGAUAAAUGAGAGAGAAACGUUGUUUAAUGAUUGCCAGUGCUUUGGAGGAGGGAAUAGAGGAGUCAAAGUUGGAUGCUAGUUAUGUUUUCCAGUUAUAGUCAGUGUUUCCUCUGAUAUUCCUGUAAAUCUCAUCCUGAAGAUCUCUGCAUACUUCAGCAUCUGUUGCAAAAGAUGGAGGAAAAAAAUGGUAAUGCAAAAGCUUUUUGGAGGGAGCUAGAAGAGGAUGGAAAAGUGGACUUGAUAUUUGAGCAUGUGCAGAAUGUACUGUUGUCACUCAAACAGAAGAUCAAAGAUGGCUCAGCAACAAAUCAAGAAUAUAUCCAAGCCAUGACCCUGGUGAAUGAAGCAGUUACAAGUAACACUUUACUAUUGAUAAAGGAUGAUGAUAUAACUGACAGAGAAAGUGAGCAAGAAAGCAAGUCAAGUGUUUUACCUCCAAUAUCGCACGAAGACUCCAAUUCGGGAGACUCCUUGAUUUUAGGCUUUAAAAGAAAACACUGGAACAUUACAUAUGGCAGAACCGUAGAAGAUAUAGCAGUUCUAACUUUGGAAAAUGAAGUUUCAAAUUAUGAAGAGAAAAUACUAUCUUUGCAUCUGUCUUAUGAGAAUCAUAUCUGCUGUGAUACAUGUCUGUCCAACAUACCUCUCACCUCCAAAGUGGAAAACCCACUUAUGAUCCCCAUCUUGAGUAGUUUCCAAAGGCGACAUGCAAAGACAAACUCUAACUGUGCUGCAUUCCAUGUGAAUUAUAAAACCCCUUGUGGAAGGAGUUUGAGGAACUUUAAGGAAGUCCACCGUUACCUGCUUGAGACAGAGUGUAGCUUUUUAUUUUUACAUCAUUUUUCUUUUAAUACCUAUGUGCAGUUGAACAGGAAUAUGCGGAAGAAAGAAGUUUUUGUUUCUGACUCUGAUAUUAGCCACGGAACCGAAUCUGUGCCUGUUACCUUCUGUAACGAAAUUGAUAACAGAAGACUGCCACACUUCAAGUACCGGAGGCGGACGUGGCCACGUGCCUACUACCUCAACAAUUUCUCUGGCAUGUUUAGUAAUUCAUGUGACUGCUCAAAAGGCUGCAUGGAUAUAGAAAAAUGUGCAUGCCUCCAGCUGACAGCAAAGGGCUAUGAUGAGAGUUCUGCAUGGUCAAGUGUUAAACCCACUUAUGGCUAUAGCUAUAAAAGACUGCAGCAGCCAGUACCCAACGGAAUUUUUGAAUGCAGCCUCUUGUGCAAAUGUGAUCCGAGAACAUGUCAGAACAGAGUUGUCCAGCAGGGUCUCCAGGUGCGCCUUCAGGUAUUCAAAACUGAGAAGAAAGGAUGGGGAGUCCGCUGCCUCGAUGACAUUGACAAAGGGACAUUCGUUUGCACUUACUCAGGGAGAUUACUAAGCAGAGCUGGCCUGGAAGAAAUUGGCUCUGUUGAUGGAAAAGAGGAAGAAGAGGAGGAGGACACUGCUACUAAUGACAGCGAAUCCCCAGCACUUUCUAAAAAGAGGAGAACAGAAUUGCUUUAUUCUGAUCCUGAAAUUGAGUUUGUCCAAAUUGAAGUAGGAGCAAUUCCUGGAGACACAGAGACUGAGGAGUACUUGAUUGAGCUCAGCAGUGAUGCAAAUCCAUCUAUUCAGGGUGAGAAGUAUGAAUGUGAUCUAAGAAUUGAAAAUCAACCAGCCACUAGAAGACCUAAAACUAAAACAGCCCUUCUUCAAAACUUUCGGAAAAAAAGGGGAAUUGUCACCCUGGAGUGUAGUAUAAGCUCAGAAGAGGAGGAUGAAGCUCAGUCAAUGGAAGUCCAACCAACCCCCAAUACCAACGAAAAGAAAAGGGAGUCAAGCUGCCCUGGUGAAAAUUCCAAAGACAAGCUGUUGCCCAACUGUAUACUACUGGAUAACCAUCAUUGUAAAGAAGAAAGUCUAGUAGAAAACACGUGUGAUCAGGCGGCCUCAGUGUGUGAUAUGAGUGGGAUAAAGGAAUGUGAGGUUCAGGAGCAAGUCUCCCAAGAGGAAAGAAUGCUGGAGAGGCAAAAUCAAGAAAUCCUUUGUGAUGAAGAGUCACUCUCUGAAACCCAAAUCGCUGUGUCAGAGUCGAUGAAGAAACUUCAUGAAAAUAGCAUUUACUUGUUGGAUGCUACUAAAGAAGGAAACGUGGGUCGCUUCCUGAAUCAUAGUUGUAACCCAAAUCUCUUCGUGCAGAAUGUUUUUGUGGAGACACAUGACAGAAAUUUUCCAUGGGUGGCAUUCUUUACAAAAAGGCAUGUGAAGGCAGGAACAGAACUCACUUGGGAUUAUGGUUAUGAAGCUGGAAGUAUACCUGAGAAAGAGAUUCCUUGUCAAUGUGGCUUUCACACUUGUAGAAAAAGAAUAUUAUGAACAAGCAUUUUGUGUAUGCUAAUGUCAUUUAGUACAAGUUAAGGAAAGAACUAUACAAAAUACCCCCUAAUUAAUAGUGCAUGCACCAUCAAGAAAAUUGUCUUAAGAAUUCCGCUCUGGGGGGAGGUUAGGAUUUUUUUUCUCAUUUCUUAAGUGUAAUUUAGGAAUCCUGCAGUAAAAAUAACAUAGAAACACAGCAGAAAGUGGACAAAUAGAUAUAGAGAUAGGUUCUUUACUACCAUUCAGCUUUUGAAUAAGUAGGGUGGAAGUAAUGGUUUUGUAUGGUAGGAAUAUUAACAUAAAAUUUAUUCAUUGUUUUUAAUAUGAAUGUAUUUAAGGAAGCAUAUGUCACUGAAAGAUUCUUCUGUCUCUUAUUCCUGUUUUUUAGGAAUAUUUGUUUUUGGCUCAUGCCCCACAGGCGCCGAACUUCACAUCUUCUUGGUCCUUAUAACUUAAAUUAUGACAGAUCUGUCUGGACAUGACAUAAAAGCUUUAUUUGUAGGGGAAAUGGAAACUAUAUGGUAGAACAAAAGUAAAAUAAGACCUCACUAUUUCUGACUGUGUAGAACUCAGCCUGAAUUCUAGGAUACUUUUAAGGAAAUGUUUCUAUUACUGCUUUGUUUUCAUCAACUGGGAAUUUAAUAAUAAACUUGCCUGGUUGAGGACCUUGAACCACCUUCUUUGCACAACUAACUUCCCUUUUGAACCUAUCAAAAAGCUUCACAUUUCCCUUAACACAUUACAGUAAAACAAAUAUUGAUUAGUCUGCCUGUUGUUUGCAGUGUGCUGCAUACUAGGGAAGACAUAAUUUAGGUAAGAUUCAACCACUUCCCUUAGACAUCUGUGGGGAGGAAGUCAUGCCUAGAGAAAGGGAAGGAUAUUGCAAAGGGAUUCCUGAAAGAGGCUGCAUUUCAGUUGGACUUCAAAGGAAUGGUAAGGAUUCCAUAAAGAGAAAGGUCAUUCCAAGCUGUGACCUGAGCAGUAGCAUGGCAUCAGAGGAAUAUGUGUUUGGGGUAAUAGGGUAAUACAGUUGCCUAGUUUGAGUGGAGUGCAGACUGGAGAAGGGUGAUAGAAGUCCAAAAGAGAACGUUUAUGGAGGGCCUCGAACGCUGGGCAGAGCAGCUUAAAUUUUACUCAGGAGUCAGAAAGCAGCUAUUGGAGAUUUUUUAGCAGAGGGGCUAAAUGACCAGUGUCAGUCAAGUGACUGUUCUGAGCCUUUUUCAUUAAAAAGACAAAACUCUGGGCUUAGCUCUGUACUCACCUUCCAGUAUAUAUUAAAGCCUGUAGCAUUUGCUUCAAAUAUACUAAAUCUUCCUUCCCCUCUUCAAGACUUUGCCCAGGUUACCACCUUUAUGCAUGCGCUCCUUCCUUUAAAACUGCAGCUCAAGGCACAUCUGCCCAAGCUUUCCUCUGAUUGACCCUACUUCUAAGAAAUUGUAACAGCUGACAUUUGUGUAAUGCUUUAAGGUUUGCAAAGCACUUUACAUGCAUUAUUUCAUUUGAUUUUUACAUCAACCCUGUCAGGUAAGUGAUGCAGCUAUUAUUAGCCUCAUUUUACAGAUGAGGAUACUGAGGCUGAGAAGUCAAGCGACUUGCCCAGGGUUGUACAGCUAAUGAGGCAAUAUUUGAGAUCCCAGCUUUGGUAUAAACCACCCUUAAUCCCUGACUUCGGUAUCAACUUUUUAAAAAAGUAUUUCUAUGAUUUGUGCAUAUUUCGUUAAUUACGUUUUGUCUCAUCUGUUCUGUUACACUGUAAGCUCUUUGAGGGCAGGGAUGGUGUCUAAUACUUACUAUGUACCCCCACACAUAAACUGUAUGGUGCUGUGUGUUGUACCCUAUGGGUGCUCAAAUAAAUAACUUGUUACCAGUCGA